UCUCUUCUCCUUAUACUCUUCGUCGGAGACUUUACAGUUUGCACUACUUCAAUCAGAUGGCACCAAAGAAAGAUAAGGCUCCUCCUCCGUCUUCCAAGCCCGCCAAAUCUGGCGGUGGUAAACAAAAGAAGAAGAAGUGGAGCAAGGGAAAGCAAAAGGAGAAGGUGAACAAUAUGGUGUUGUUUGACCAGGGUACCUAUGAUAAGCUCCUCUCGGAAGCACCUAAAUACAAACUCAUCACUCCUUCCAUUCUGUCCGACAGAUUAAGGAUUAAUGGGUCUCUUGCCCGGAGGGCGAUCAGGGAUCUGAUGGCGAGAGGUUUAAUUAGAAUGGUAUCUGCUCAUUCGAGUCAGCAGAUCUACACUAGAGCAACCAAUACUUAGGCGUUCUCUUUGUUG